AUGGCCGACUCUGAUGGUUCUGAUUUGAUUUUCAUUUCUUCUUUUCGGGUUUCACUUUUGUCCUUGGAAGGCCUGACUUAUUGCAUUUCACUCUGGGCAGUUCAACGGAGAAUUACAGCAAUUGAAGCUAUUCGUGAUGCAGAGAUUGAAAACCUGCUAUCUAGAUUACGGCUACUUCGAUCUUGCCUAAAAAAGGAACAGCUGAGGACUCCUGUGUUGCAAUUUUUUAGAGAAAACUUGCCUAACUUGUCUGUGGUGAAGAAAGAAGAUGAUGGAAUCUUCGAACCUGAAUGGAAGGAAAAAGUUGGUGGCUUCCCUCCAAAUAAUGCUACUGGAACAAAUGUACUUGCUUCUCUUGGUAGAGGUUCUACGCUGCCAUCAACUGAACUUGGUCCCGACUUUUCAGCACAGUCAUGUGGGGGAUUUAUCAUGUUUGAAUUUCUUUCUUUUGCUUCAUGAUAUAAAUGAGACUUUGAUCAUUUUUAUAUUAGAUGUACAGUUAAACUAAAUCUUCUGGGGGCUACACAGUUGCCGAUUCCUGGUUCUGUAAGUUAUCACCACCCUUCUACGGUUCAACCUUUCUAGACUGUUUGGCCUGUCCUUGGAAUUUUGUUAGAUGCACAUUCUGAAAUUUGGUUCCUUGGAAUUUUGCUUGCCAGGCUCUUGAAACUUCUUAUCUAGGAGUACAAGACACUUUUCAAACUCCUGGGGUUUGUAUUCUUGAUCCUUAUGCAGUGUUUUGCUUGUGUUCAUAGUAUUUAUUGAAGGAUGUGGCUACCAUGAUUUACCAGUUUCAACCUGUUUUGUCGCGUUAUUUAUCUUAGUUAUUAUGAUGUGCACUAUACAACAGCCAAGCUGGUUUCAUUAAUAAUGACACAUUAUUCUUGA